GUGACCUACGCUAAAGGGAGGAUGUGUUCGUAUAAACAGACAUCACUGAAUGAGCCCUGCUCCAUCACAUAUCCCAGAGGAAUACGUGUUCAAAUGAGUCCUGCAGAUGCAGCAGAUCAUCUCAGACUGACCUGUAGCACCAGCUGUCCUCUGACUGCCCCUCUGACUUCAAUUACGUGGUAUAAGAACAGAAUAAUAGAGGGACGACAUGUGGACCAACAGAUUGUAGUUACCAGCACUGCUGCAGCCAACGCCGGCUUCUCUUGUGUUAUAAAAGGUUUUGAGGAUCUUCACUCUGCUGACGUCUGUGCUGAGGACAACAACUGCUGGAGUCUGAAUUGCUUCAACAGAAGAAUCUGUGCUUUGGAGGGAUCUUCAGUCAACAUCUCAAAUGAACUUUCACAUCCUGGUACCAAGUCGCUAAAGUCAAAGCUUUGGUAUAAAGGAAAUAUCAACAGUAAGCAGGGACAGCUGGAUAGGCGUAAUAUGGAAUAUGAUGACAUGAAGAAACAAAACAUCCUCAGAUUAAAAAACCUGAAGAGGAACGACUCAGGAGAAUAUACGUUAAGUAUCUGGAUAACCAACAGUGAGCUGAAACUGUGUGAUAGGACUGGAGUUUCUCUGAUGGUCACAGGCCUGACAGUGACCAUGACUCCUUCUGCAGAGGUGACAGAAGGUCAGAGAGUCACGCUGACCUGCAGCACCAGCUGUCCUCUGACUGACAACACAAACUACAUGUGGUACUUUAACGGUCGACCUCUGAGCCAAAGCAAACACCUGCUUCUGGACCCAGUCAGCGUUCAGCACGCAGGAAACUACUCCUGUGCUGUGAACACCCACGAACACAUCACAUCGGCUGCAGAGACUCUCACUGUCCAAAGCAUCGCAAGAACAUGGGUCACAGUGGCUACAGGAAUCCGUGCUGCUCUUGUGGUUUUCAUACUUGUGACUGCCAUCUUGUGUAUUGGAAAAAAGAGGAUUUCCUGCCAGUCUCCUAAAAAUGAAACGUUGGACAACAUGGAGCAGCCUCCUCAGCACCAAGAACAAGAGCAAGUCCCUCUGGCUGUAAUCAGCCCGAUAUCCAACAGCACCGCUGAGCACUCUGACUAUGAAGUGGAUUUCUAGAAACUCGACGACACAGCAAACAAAAUCUUAGAGACAGAAUACAACAGCACACCUGUCUGUAUAGAACGUGUUCAGUCCUUCACACCUGCAUU